UGUGCCAUGUAAACAAACAUGGCGGGCGGGGAGGACACCACAGAGACAAUUCCAGAAGUCGAGGCUGGAGUGCAAGCUAUAAGCGUCUCUCAUGAACCAGACACGACCACUAAUAUGAAUCAAGACGACCCACAAAUAACCCUGCUGGAAAACGGCGUGGAAGUUCACUGGGGGUUCUCCCUGCACGACCUCUACAGGAUCGCUCUUAAGUUCUACAAAGAAAAAGAAGGGAAGGCAGUCCAUUUUGGGUACGCUGAGAAAUGUGCCCUAGUCGGACUGAGUCAGCAAGUGACACACGGCCCCUAUGAUCAAGUGUCUUCACCACCUGUUGGUGUCCUUGAUGUUGUGGGUAAAGACAGAAGAUUAGCAUGGCAGAAUUUAGGAUCCAUGAGUAGAGAAGAAGCCAAGCAGCAAUUUAUAGACAAGUUGAGCGACAUGGUGCCAACUUUCCGUCCCUAUGUUGAGGCUCUAUGGGCAGACAAACUGGAGAAGGAAAGACAAGCGAGAGAAGAAGAAGAGAGGCAGAGGGAAGAAGAAGAAAGAAGAAAAAUAGAAGAGGAAGAACAGCGGAAGGAGGAGGAAGAAAGAAAAAAACAGGAGCAGACGAAGCGACAGAUCCAGGAGGCCCUAAACCAGCAGACGUACGAACAGUUCCGCAAGUAUGCUGAGCAGCAGUUCCCCGGCAAUCCUGAACAACAAGCAGUGUUGAUCAGACAGUUGCAAGAUCAGCAUUAUCAGCAGUACAUGCAGCAAGUCUACCAACAGCAGCUUCUCCUGCAACAACAACAGCAGCAGCAGCACCAGCUGCAGCAACAGCACCAAGACCUAUCUUCAGAAGUAAUGGAAGAAGUAUGCAGGGUUACAGGUAGUGACAAUGAUGGUAAAGGCAGAGUUACAGGUAGUGACAAUGGUGGUAAAGGCAGAGUUACAGGUAGUGACAAUGAUGGUGAAGGCAGAGUUACAAGUAGUGACAUUGAUGGUAAAGGCAGAGUUACAGGUAGUGACAAUGAUGGUAAAUGCAGAGUUACAAGUAGUGACAAUGAUGAUUCGUGCCAAAAUAUUGCUCCAGCUUCCAUGUGGACAAGACGAGAUAUACAAGACUUCAAGGAGUCUAUCAGGCGUGAGGGCGGAGACUCCGUCAUUAAAGUUGGACAUGGAGAGACUGUUACCGUGCGAGUACCCACCCACGAAGACGGUACCUGCCUGUUUUGGGAGUUUGCUACAGACAGUUACGACAUUGGAUUUGGUGUGUACUUCGAGUGGACUAAAGACUCGAGCAAUGUGGUAUCAGUGCACAUUUCUGAGAGUGAGGAUGAAGAGGAGGAAGACUUAGAAGGCGAGGGCGAUGACAUCGAACGACUGGCAGGAAGAAAGCACGAGAGCGGCAGACCAGCACAGUCGGUGAUUAUUCCAGUGUACCGCCGUGACUGUUACGAGGAAGUGUACGCUGGCUCUCACACUUACCCUGGUACGGGAGUUUACCUUCUCAAGUUUGAUAACUCUUAUUCUCUCUGGCGAAGCAAGACACUUUACUAUCGUGUGUACUAUACCAGGUGAGACAGAGAAGCGUAAAGCUAGAAGUACCAAGGUUAUUAAAUCGACACUAUUGGUGUAUUAGUGUAAUAAGUAGCAACCUUUGUCUUUACUGAAAACUUGGAUGGGGCUUGUUGCAUCUUAUGCAAAUGGACAAAUCGUUUAAUUAUUUUUGUAAAUAUAAUAUUUUGCUAAGCAGAAAUUUAACACCAGCAUUAAAAAUAUACAAAACUAGCCGGCUUAUAGUUUGCAAUAUCCAAGUGUUCCACUUACAGUUUCAAGGUCCUUCCAGUGCACAAAGUGUUGCUAAUAUUUCAAUAAAGUGUUUAUAUGUAAAUAAGGGAACAAUUCAGAACAUGUUAUGCGAUUUUUUCAUGUCUUGAUAUAUAGUAAAUUCUCAGUGUAAUGGACGAAAGAAAUAUGGAAUAAAAUCUGCUGGGGUCAACUGACUUAAAAAUAAUGGACGAAGUCCUUUGUUUAUGGCAAAACAAUCACCACAGUUGCCAUUACCCGUCACUUGCUCCUCUAUAUUAAUCCAAUAUGUUAAGGGUUUACAGUACUGAUGUUCCAUAUCAUUUGCUACGAAUGUGUGACAGUGGAUAUAUUCAAAGAAGAAGUCUCCAUUCUGUAUGGUAGUGAGAGAUGAACUUUUGUUAUCUUGCCGUGUAAUACAGAGAUCACCGACAUAUGAACGAGUUGCGGUUGUCCGCACUUAAUGAACGAGGUGCGAAAGAUGUACCAUUGAGAAAAUUGCAGUUAUAAAUAUUUUUUUUUUUUUUUUUUUUUAUUAUCACACCGGCCGAUUCCCACCAAGGCAGGGUGGCCCGAAAAAGAAAAACUUUCACCAUCAUUCACUCCAUCACUGUCUUGCCAAAUAUGUUGUAUUGUAUUAUUUAUUGUAUUAUUUAAUGUAAAAUUAUAGAUUCCAGAUUUUUCUUUUGGUCAACUAUUUAGGAUCUUUAACCGUAGGUUGAUAUGAGGUUCGUGUAUGCACGUUGUUAAUUACAAAAAUAUUUCGUGGAUUCUGGCUUCACAAUCUUUAAAAUUUGUCUCUUGUGUCAAAAUUUUUUUUUGUUGAAGCUGCACUAUGUGUUAAGAAAAAGUGUAUUAGAAAAAGUAAUGACCCCACGUAUGGGGGGUCAUUACCUUUUCUAAUAUGUGCUACUAAACGUUUUGUUGAAUUGGCAAAUUUUGGUUAAAAUAAAAAUUCCUUAACGUGUUUCUGUACUAACUGUGGAAAGUGUUUAUGAGGUAUUUUUAAGUUAAAAAUAUUGAGUAGAAAAUUAAUUUUAUAGCAUUUUUUCAGAUUUCGGUUAUGUAGGUUCUUCAGGAAAUGACAAUUUUUUUUUCAGAGCUGUUUAAAUUAUUGGAAAUGGAAUAUAUGUAAAUAUUACAAUAAGACAGACUAGGUACACAAUGGUUUAAGUUAGCAAAUGGUAAUUUCAGCGAGACUCGACAUGAAAAUCUUUACGUAAUGGAAAACCCACAGUGGAAGGGCCCUUGAUGUAACACUGUGGUGAUCCAUCAUGAAAUGAAUGUUUUUCCCAGCUAAAAAAAAAAAAUCUUUGAAAUUGCCAACCUGGAGUAUUUAACACAGCUGUGGUGGUUACUUUUAUUAGCAACAAUGUUUUGUCCACAUGGCUUUUAUUAGUCAAUGACUAUUGUUAACAAGACACACAUGGCAAAAGGAGACCUAUUGUUAAUACAACAUUUCACCUACACAAGGCUUUUUAUCAAGUAGAGUAAAUGACCAGCAUAAUGGACCUCGAUAUGGACUUUUAAAAUUUUAGUCAAAAUUCACUGGUUAAACAGCACUUAUACUGCAAUAAAUAUUGAUAAAGGAAUUAUAUCUGAAAAUUAUGCAUACAGUACUUUAUUAGGUAUAGAGUACUUUAAUGCACUGUUUUUUACCAUUUUCAACAUCAAUAAAGGACACUCCCUUUCCAUUAGUCUCUUAUAUCAGACUUGUACUGUUCUUGGUAAAGAUAUGUGGAACUUUGUACUAAUAAAUAGAUGUGGAACUUCAUACAGCCUCUCCUCACUUAACGACAGAGUUCCUUUCCUGAGACCACGUUGGUAAACAAAUUCGUUACUAAGUGAGGAUCAUACUAUAAUGGUAAUGGGUUUGUGUCAGUCAUCUUUGAUAUUGUUUUAAUGUCACCUUUGCACCAAUUAUAACAUUUCUGGUAUAUUAUUAAAUAUUUAUUCAUAUAGUCGGACUUGAGUCCUGGAAAUGGGAAGUACAAUGCCUGCACUUUAAAGGAGGGGUUUGGGAUAUUGGCAGUUUGGAGGGAUAUGUUGUGUAUCUUUAUAUGUGUAUGCUUCUAGACUGUUGUAUUCUGAGCACCUCUGCAAAAACAGUGAUAAUGUGCGAGUGUGGUGAAAGUGUUGAAUGAUGAUGAAAGUAUUUUCUUUUUGGGGAUUUUCUUUCUUUUUUGGGUCACCCUGCCUCGGUGGGAGACGGCCGACUUGUUGAAAAAAAAAAAAAAAAAAAAAAAUUUAUACAGUAGUGUACUGUAUAUUGUAAUAAACAGAAUAGAGGAAAUCAGCUCUAAUAUACAUUAUUUAGGCAUGCAUACUGAUCAGAGAACCUGUAGUAAGUCCGAGUCGUCGGUAAACAAGUACGUUGCUAAGUGAGGAGAGGCUGUACUAAUAAAGGGACAUGAAAUGUUGUAAAAAUAAAGUUUUCACCUUUCUGUGCCUUUUACCACUUAUCAGAUAUUCCAGACUCCAACUUCAACUUUAAUAAAAAUUUCCACUGCAUCUAAGUGUUAUUUAUUCCCGUUGACAUAAGUUUUCUUGUAUGAGUGUUUAUAAGCUUUGCUGCUGUAAAUUACUGUAUAAUGCUGGUAGGCUUUUUGCUGUAUAUAUAAACUUCUUCCUGCUUUUCAUAUUUAUGUUUUUAUAUAGAUUACGAGAGGGCCCCUGCAUAUAUACUCUGCCGUUUUUCAGUAUUCCAUGUUUUGGUUGGCUUCAUAUUGAGCCAUUGUUCAUUAUGUAGAUAAAUGGUUCAGACAACCAACAAGUUAAUAAAUUAGACACAUUGGACUGAUCUUCACCAUAGUUUUUUGUAUAGGACUGACAAAGCCACCGUUUUCUCAAUAAAGAUACCCAGGUGUUGCAUGCGUCUAAUUGAUCACAUUGUUCAUUACGUUCUGCCCGCUAGCAAUAAUCACCGGCGGUGCAACAGUGGCUCGGUUGAAAACUAACGGAAAUGUGGAACAUUGAAAAUAGGUGCUGUAUAAGCGAGGCCCUUCUAUAUAUAUAUCUUAUAAGACUGUUAAUGGGAUACAAUCUGGGCCAGAUUAAGGCAUGGGCUUCAGGGCUGCAGCCCAGGGCCCUUCGCUGCUGGAGGGCCUCCAAAGAUAAAGUGAAAAGUGUUCAAAGUUACCACUGUAAGUUUAUAAUUAUAGUAUGUUAUUACAUCACGUGUAGGAUGAACUCUCGAAUGUUGUGAUUUGUUUCUUUUCCUUUUAAAAUAUCACUGGGGGCCUGACAGUACCUGUACCCAGAGGCCUACAAAAUAUUAAUCCAGCUCUGGACACAAUAUGCGGUUUGCUUUAUAGAGAUGUUAUUUUAUUCGCCAGCGACUUGUCAAAUUUGGCGAGAAUGAAGUUCCUGGCGGAUGGAAUGUCUUCUCAGUAAAUUCCUCUGAAUCACAGUGUCUUACUGACAUCCUUGUUGAUGUGUAGUGCUAUCGAUACACACUUAUCACAAGUCUUGGCAAAAUUAAUCAUGCUAUGAUUUCAGUGUGAAGGUAGACUUUUGGACAUCAAUAUUUGUUAAAAAAAAGGUAUUUAUUGGAUUAUGUUUAUGCUGAUCUGAAAAUGCGAUUGUUACAAUGUGAAAUAAAAGAGGAAUGAGGCAAGAAAAAUUAAUAAUCUUGUGUGUUAAUAAUGAUAUUCCUGACAUGUUUAUAAUAAAUAUAUGCAGCCUCUCCUCACUUAGCAACGUUCUCGUUUACUGACUGCUUGGACUUACAACCAGCUCUUCAACCAGUAUGCAAACCUAAAUAAUGUAUAUUAGAGCUGAUUUCCGCUAUUAUGGUUAUUACAGUAUACAGUACACUAUUGUAUAAACAUUUAAAAAUGUACUAAAAAUGGUGCAAAGGUGAUAUUAAAAAAUAUUUAAAGAUGGUUGACACAAACCCUCUACCAGUACAGUAUGCUCCUUGCUGAGCAACCAAUUCGCUUACUGACCUACUCUUAGAACAGAACCCUGUCAUUAAGCGAGGAGAGGCUGUAUAAUUUUUAGCAUAUCGGCCAUCUCCCACCAUGGCAGGUUGACCCCCCCCCCCCCCAAAAAAAAAAAAAAAAAAAAAAAUUAGAAA